UUUUUCUUUUUCUGCAAGGUCUAUCAAAAGUGCAACGCGUAGGCCACUCCCUCUUCCCUUUCGAACACCAAUUCCCAGUUGCAGCGCCCCCCGCCAUCCGCGCACAAACUCAUCAUGGCGGAUGAAAAUGCCACCGCUGGCAUGGAAAUCGACACCGGCGCCCCCGUCCAACCGGCUGCGUCCGACCCAGAGAACAAGCCGAAGCCCCGCUUCGAAAUCAAGAAGUACAACGCCGUCGCCCUCUGGGCAUGGGAUAUGGUCGUCGACAACUGCGCCAUUUGCCGCAACCAUAUUAUGGACGCGUGCAUCGAAUGCCAGGCUAAUCAAUCCGCGCCGCCGACGGAGGACUGCAACGUCGCGUGGGGCGUCUGCAACCAUGCAUUCCACUUUCACUGUAUUUCGCGCUGGUUGAAAACACGUCAGGUAUGCCCGCUAGAUAAUUCGGAAUGGGAAUUCCAGAAGUAUGGUCGUUAG